CGCAAACUUGAGGAUAUCAACGGAGGAUCUGGAUCGCCAUUAUUGUUCAUUCGAAAGACUUUUUUUUAUAAAUCCAAAAUGGCUGAAGGUAAUAACACAUCUGGUCUCGCUGCCAAGGUGGACAAGAAGCGCAAGAGGCAGGCAGAGCAGCCAUCGAAAGAAGAGCCCAAAGCUGGCGCAGACCCAUCACCCGCCAACAAUGCGUCGGAGGGUCCCAGCAAGAGACAGAAGAUGAGGGCCAAGCUGAAGCAGAAGCACAAGGCCAAGGCUGCCCUAGAAGUCGAUGUUACGCAACAGGAGCGCAAGGAUGGAAUCGAUCAGUCCAUUGGAAAGAUGGAUGGUCGAUUACUCGCCGAUUAUUUUGUGCAGAGAGCCAAAAAGCUCAACAAGGAGUUGACGGCUAUGGAAUUGGAGGAUCUUUCUGUUCCUGACUCCGUCUUUUUCGAUUCAUCAUCCUUCGACUCGUCGCGGUCAUUGGAGAAGCUCCCCGACUUUCUCAAGGCAUUUAACCCCAAGGGGAUUGAUCUGUCCAAAGCCUCGGAGGAAAAGGGUACUCCGCAUACCUUGGUGGUUUCCCCUGCCGCCCUCCGAGCAGCCGAUGUAGUGAGAUCUCUGCGAGGUUUCCAGAACAAGGAAUCUACAGUUGGAAAGCUAUUCGCAAAACAUAUCAAGCUGGAAGAAGCCAAGCAGUUCUUGCAGCGAGCACGAAUGGGCCUUGGUGUUGGAACCCCUGCCCGACUUUCUGAUUUGAUCGAGUCUGGUACUCUCAAAUUGAACGAACUGGAACGCAUUGUCAUUGACGGAUCCUAUAUCGAUCAAAAGCAGCGGGGUAUCUUUGACAUGAAAGAAACACAUCUCCCACUGCUGCAGUUGCUUGCCCGGCCAGAGCUCCGCGAACGGUAUGGGGCGAAGCAAAAGCCAGCUCGGAUUAUUGUGUUUUGAUUGCGGUUUAAAAAAAAGAGUCGGCUGGCGUAAUAGGAAUUGUUUAUAAUGAUCUACCCAAUAGCAUAUCAUACAUAAAAUAACAUUGCUACAUCACAUAUCUCCUACAUCACAUUUCUCCUACUUAAACAGUUGAACUCGCAUGUGCUGAUAAGCCGAUCUCCGCCUCACCGCCUCGAAUCCGCCCGGC